AUGGAGGAGAUAUCGCAGACUGUACAACUUAUAUCGGAGGAUACUUUGAGCGAAAUCUCCAAGGGACCAUUGGUCAGGUUUACACAAGAUUGUGAUAGCGUCGAGAAGGUGAGCCGGGUAUGGCAGAGCUUGUUGAAGACAUUUUCCACAGCAUCUAUUCCUAGUUCUCACAUGACAGCAUCUUGUAACGCUGUACGUGCGUUCCUUGAUGCCGCUGCUGUGUCCAAGUUCGGGGGCACUAGGCAGCUUGUUCAGUCGCCAGAUACGUGGCUCUCCGCAUUCGAGUUGUUUAUAACUCGUUUUGAAGAUGCAAAACCCAAGUCGAUGAAGCAAGUUCUAACCUCCUUGGUCAAAUUAUUGGCCCAAAGUCGGCAAGAACCUAGCUGCCAUUUGAUACAAGUUGGCCUGGUAGAUGCUAUUCUCCCUAGUAUCAUUCUCGGUGAACCGCGUGCUCCGCUUAAGGCUUUCCUUGUCUCGCUUGAGAUUAUCACACGCAAGAACGCUAUCUUGCCCCACGAAUUGAUAUCCAUGCUCCAAGUGUGGCUGUCGAAAAACAGCGAGAAAUGGAUUCCCAUCCUGCAAGAGGAUUGCAAAGCCUUAUCCAUGGAUGUAGGAGUGCUCCUACUCUCCGAUGAAGAUUCCUGCAACACCAAGAGAGUAGAAUCUAGAGGGCUUGCUGUGCAGAUCCUGCUCCUGGGGCUUCUGAAUCAGGCGAAGAACCCAGAGCUUGCCUCAAGUGCUGGUGACACUAUAGCUGCAUUUUUUCAAAAACUCAAAAGUGAUCUUGGUCUUGCAGAGGAUAACCGCGCUCUGCUUUCAGUCUGGAUCCCUCCCGUCAGGUAUAUGGUUCUACAGAACCUAGACAAUCUGGAGCCUAUGUCGAACUAUGUUCUUCAACCCCUCUUCCACAAUGACCCCUCUGGAUUUCGUUCCUUCUUGGAUAGUCUACCUCUUAAGAACGUCCUUGCCGGUGAUAUGGCCGACGCUGCAUUGCCGGAACUGACUGUUCUAUUUGCCUCUUUACAAGUGGCCAAGAAGGCCGGUUUAGUUGACGAAGACUAUGGCCCUUCUAAACAGGGAACUGGCAUGAAACUCUCCUUACCAGGUGAGAUCAUUGGCCAAUUUUUAUUCCACCGAGAAUUCAGCAUCAGAAUAGCAGCACUCUCACUCCUGAUAGCAGCACCUGCCACUACAAAACCUCUUUCAUCUGCCGCGAUCCGUGCAAUUCUCAGGGGUUUGCCCUCUAUGCACGCUGAGUCUGACUCUUAUUCUCGAGGGGAGAUCAUCAGCUUGCUCCGUAAACUGAUCGUACGUUUGAAGGGUGGUAUAUUGGAGAACCAGGAUGGUCCGGUUCAGGAAGAGCUGUCCACAAAUAAAACGCAGCAGGCAAAGUCUGGCCGGAGCGAUUCGGAGACUCGAGCAUGUGUCUCAACCUACAUUGGUUUCCUCAAAACAGACAUGCGGCCCACCGCCUCCUAUCCUCGCCAUAUCAUGGCUCUGAAGACAUUAAAUCUUUUCCUUCAGUCCGGUCUUGAUCCCCGUGUUAACUUGGUCAGGCGUGCCAAUAUGGAAGAGGAUAAAGUUCGAUGGAAGGUCAACAUCGAAGUAUUCGACCCGAGUCUUAUCCGAUUGCUCGUGGAUCUUCUGCUGGACCCCUUUGAGGAGGUGCGAGCCACAUCUUUGACCAUCCUGAACAUGGCUCCCCGAGACAUGCUCUUAGGUGGCCUUCUACAAUCUGCAGACCGAUCAUCGGCCAUGCCAUUGCGACUGAUCGAUGCCCUGACAAAAGCCGAGCAGUUGGCCAGCAAUACCAGCAGAGCUGACCAUGCUGAUACCGUCGCCCGACUAUACCAUAUCAUCUUCUACGCCACAGCUGAGACUCAUUCGGGAGGCGGUUCACAGUGGUGGGAAACCAAGAAGGGUGUGGUUGAUCUGCUUUUGACAAAGCUCGAGGGCAAAGUUUCCAAUCCUGGUGGUCUUUUUACCACCUCGAUGCGCGACGCUCCUCUGCACGGAUACGUUUCCGCUCUAAGAUACAUUGUUUCGGCGUCAAAUUUUCAUCAAUUGGUUUCAGAUCAUUUGUCAGCAAGCAGCGAUGACUGGAGACUUGUUCACACAAGGAUAGUGUCUAUUUGUGACCGAAUUUGGAAGGCAGUAAAGCCGGUUUUGUGCAUUGACUCGCCAGAAGGUCACAGCGACGAGCCCAUAGAGGAGUUCAACAUCGGACCAAAGGAUAUCCUGUCUUAUUCCUGGCGUGCUCUUCGCGAAUCAAGUCUUCUGCUUCAUGCGACCCUCGCUAACGCAACAUAUGCGCCGCAAGGGAAGUCCGGGUUCACUGCCGAAGACUAUGAGAAAAUAGGGAUGUCCAGCUUCACUCAGCUUGCCGAGCUUCGCCACAGAGGAGCAUUCUCGACCGUAUCUCAAACUUUUGCUACUUGUUGCCAACGAUGCGGCCAGUCGAGCGAUCCUGCUAUCUCUGCUCUGCCUCAGCGAUGGUAUCAGGAAGCGAGGAAGAUUAUAUUUGAGGCCGCUUCUCAACUUACAAGGCGCUCGGCAGGUUUACCAGCUUUGGCCACAGGUAUCCUUCUUUCGAAGCCAGGAGGGCCGCUCUUCCGACAGGUCAUGGAUGAGCUCCAUGAAAUAUCUCACCUCCCUGCCGAGCAAGAUCUUGUCAAACAGAAAGUCGAACUACCACAGGUCCACGCCAUGAAUUGCUUGAAAGACAUAUUUACGAACACCAAACUCGGUCCUUUCACAGAAUCUUAUAUCAUGCCGGCCCUGACCCUAUCCGCUGAACAGCUAGGAUCGCCUAUAUGGGCUCUUCGCAAUUCUGGACUGAUGCUUUUUCGUGCUCUCUUGACACGUAUGUGCCGCUUAUUGACAGGAGCCAAUUUUGGCUUUGGUGGUAGCUCCGGAUCAGAGCCCGGUGCCAGAAUUUCGUUCCACAAGUAUCCAGGUCUUCUUGAAUUGCUGUCAAAUCUUCUUGUACCAAAAGACAAGAAACAAGACAGUCAAUUUGAUGAUCAUGGCAUCGUCACUGAACGGGUGUUCCCGGCUCUGGAGUUGAUCGCUGAAAAAAUUCCAUCUGUUUCUGACGAUGACGACGUUUUGCUUCGCAAUCUCGUCCGCGAGCAGCUCAAGAGCCCGGUAUGGGGAAUCAGAGAGCACUCAGCCCGAGUAUAUGCUUCUCUAUUGAAGCGUGCCGACAUCUUGAUCGAGAUUCAAGCUCUGUUGGAAGUCGAGCGGGGUCUGGAGACUCAGGACUUUCUUCAUGGCAAAGCGCUCUGUGCCAAGUACGCUCUGCGCAGAUUUGCAUCUAUCUCUCUUCCGUUCUGGAAUAAUCACUUGAACGAGGUAGCAUCCGUUAUACAGGAUAUUUUUGCAACAUUGUUUCACUCUGCCCACUCCCCAUUUGUUGCCACUACAUUGAUAGAAAUUCUCAAUGAUGCUCUUGAGAAAAGCAUUGAGUCAGGCGCUGAAGACUCAGCUAUUCAUAUCGUCAAUCAUGCGUCCGACGUUUUCGCUUUUGAAGAUAUAUUAAACUUCCAGCUCGAUUCAUCCCAUCCUCAUUGGCAAACUCUAAACACAACCCGUGCCGCCUCUCUACUUCGAAGAGUACUCGCUUGGACCUCAUUCCUGCGAAUGUUCAUCUCCGGUAAUGUGGAGACUUUGGAAUCAUUCUUCCAGAAGGUAUCCUGCUUCGAUUCAAAUGCCGGUCGGUGGAUAAUUGAGCAGAUGCAAGCUGUUCUGGGAGAGAGGGGACGCUAUAGGGAACCUGUGCUCGCAUUGUACUCUUCCGUCAUACUGGGCAGCUACACUGCAGAAGUCAAGAUGGCGGCGGUCUCUUCACUUGAGACUAUUUUGUGUGUCGUUCUUGAGUCCCGGGAAACUGGUUUGAAGGAAAUUAGUCUCCCUUGGGAUGCUCUGCACGAGCAAAUAGACCUGGAACCUAGCGAGCAGACACCCAAUCGAGACAUGUCGAACGUUGAGCUGCGUCUGCAAGGAUGUCUCUUGGCUAUUAGAGCAUCAUUGAACCAUUGGAAAGGAAUGGAGAGAGAUAUUCGCCGGUGGGCGACUCGACUCCGUUUCGCGAUGCAGGAGGAGACGGAAUUUACAACACGCCAUGCUGCGGUAACUUCUCUCACGACUUUCGGGCGCAUCUUGCGGCCUGUUGGCAGCCCCCCUCAGGUCGACGCUGUCUUCCUGGAGAUUUACCUCAUCCUUUAUGACAUGUUAAAUGAUGACGACGAGGAGUUGCGCGAACUUGCAGCUUCAACAGCAUCCUGGAUCCUGUCAUAUUCCACCGUUUCUCCUUCGAAAGCCGUUACUCUGGCUCCUCGGUAUGCCAGCGACCUUCUUUCAAAGUUCAUCGUCGAGAGUUAUGCCCAAUCCUCACUCUUGUGCACGAGAAUCAUUCAGUACAUUACCGGCCAAGCACCGAAAGUCAGUGGCUCUGUCGACAAACCUAGACUAAAGGCGGUGCCAGACCAGCUCUGCGAGCACAGAAAAGAAAGCACAAUUCUCUUCGAAGAGGAGAAACAGAACCUGUUCAUCGAUGAAGUGCGUGAAGUAGAUGUCUGGGCUCCAAUGCUCCUUCAAAUGGCAGAAUCAUCAUUCGACUCUGGCCUUGUUCGCGAGAUUACCACAUGGGUGUUGGCAGGACUAUCAUAUAUCUGUAAAUUCGCUGUUGAGGAAUCGGGCAAUGAUGGCCUUUUGGGCUGGGCUUCAAAGCCCGAAACCUUCACUCUUGGUGUGCGGGUUAUUAGUGUUACGGGCGUUCUGGUAUCUCAGCAUUUCGCUGCUUCUAGAUACUUGGGUGAGGAGCAAACCCAGCUCAAGCAGCUUCUUGAAUCUCUCUCUGAAUCUGGACGAGUGAUAUCCCUUCAUGACGACUGGCUCUCGAGAGCGCAGCAAGCAUUGCAAUGCGAUUGA